GCUUGAACAAACACACAGUUUUACUCUUUGCCAUAUUUUUGGUUCCCCCACUCGUUGCUGGCAAGCUACCAGACACAUUUUAGGUCAGAAACGGCCAGCGAUGGACUCAGAAACGCUUGUUUGCAGGCUUGCUCCAGUGUCUUCUUCAGCCGCAGCAGUGGUUUCAUCGUGACGUUUCUGUUGCUGCACUUUGCGUUUUUGCCUUGAAUUUGUCCAAUAUUCCGCUGUUGCGGUGGAUGCACGUAAAGGGCUGUAACGGAGCGGGGGGUGAGGUCUUUCGAAGGCAAAGCAGGGGCAAGGCAAGUACUGCCUGCAGCGCGAGGAGCCCAAGCCAGCUGCGAUCUUCGUCCCCUGUCACCGCUCUGCGAUGCUGGCAGUGCAUUUUGCAGUGAACGCGUUGAUCCGUGUCGGAUGGAGCAGGGGCAGAGGCCGCUGCGCAGAGCGACUGGCAUGGGUUCGGUGCAGCGUUUUGUGAAAGGUGGUGAAAGGUGAUUGCUGGUCUGUCCCCAGCAGCUGUCCUCGUGGGAAGGGCUCCCUGCUUGCUUACUGAACCGCGUUUCCUUCAGAUGAGGCCAGAAGGGCCGGUGCGGUGAGAGCUAAGCCUGGUCAGUCUCGUUUUGUCCCUCGUUACCGUGUGAAUGCCUUCCCCCGUCGGGCCGAUGCUGAAGCCCGCUGAACCGAGCUCACCUUUAAUCCGGGCUGCGACCAGAUGCUUCGGGCACGGGAUAACGCCCGGAGCCUCGAGAGGGAAAGAGGGUAGCUGACAACACCGGCGACCCUUGUGAGAUUUGUGCGCGGGUUCAUCGUGAGAGACGAACACCAAACAGCUGUCGGGAGGGAAACGUUCUUGCCGAGCGAUCCUGCAUGCAGAGUAGGCGGGAGAGACGGGCGUCGAGGGGCGCUAGCUAGUCGGGGACGUGGCCAGUCGGGAAUCCCACCGGUGCUCUUCACUGCCUUGAAAACCCUCGUGUCUGUCCUCCCGUCGGACGGACCGCUCCAUCUGGGGUCGCUGUCGCACCCGCUGUUUAACGGGAGGGGCCGUGGCAGUCCCCUCUCCCCGUGCCCUGGAUCAUUGCGUAGGGACUCGGCUCUGCUAGCCCGUGUCGCAGGUACCGGGGGUCUGUGGGGACGGGGGACGGAGAAGCACGGGUGGGCCAGCUCUGUCCGGUUAUUGCAGCCUGCCCCUCCCCAGGGACGUGCACCACUGGCCAAAGCCACCCCGUCCGCGGCGUGGCAAGGCGGGGGCCAGCCGUGGCUCUGCUGGUCUCGUCGGGCCACCCCGGGAGCGUGCUGCGGGCUUAGUUUGCCUGUGUCCAAGCAAGACCUGCCCUUUCCAUCCUCCGCGGAGUGGUGACCUUUUACCACGGGCCUGAAUUGGGUGCACGUGCACCAGCUUCCAAGUCCUCUGUUGCCCCAGAUGGACGUGGCCAAGCAAGGAAGAGGCCAGGGUAGGGCAGCACCUUGGAAGCAAACUGCUUCAGAGGUAAGCUUUCAUAGGCAGAUAGCCCGAUGCAGCGGGUCGCUGCCUAUGAAAACUCGGGCUUCUCCGAGCCGGUUAAGUGUCUAAGGUGCCCCCUUCCUGCCUGGCUUCAGGUGGACAUGGUGAGCCACCUCUUUGCCCGGAGCCGGGCGUCGUAGCCGUGCACGGGGCAGGGCGCUGUGAUGAGCAGUGUCAAGUAUUUCCCUUCCCGGGUCCACCUGGGACUCUUGUCAUAGCAGCGUGCUCUCCCCCAGGCAUUGUUGGCUCGGGUCAAGCAGCUGAGAGUAUUAUUAUUAUUAUUAUUAUUAUUAUUAUUAUUAUCAAUAUUAUUUUUUUUAACGAAGCUAUCUCUCAAAAUACUUUUUCACAUCUCUUGAUGGGUUUUGGAGAGGAGGGGGAAGGGGAAGGUCUGGAGGAUUAUCUUCUGACCACAUCGGACAUGCUGAUUGUAUGCGGCCUGUUUAAAGGAGCUAUUGUAUAGUUCAAACUUUUAUAUCGUUCCACAUAGCCUUAUAGACCCUGUAAAUAUGGAUCACACAGUUAAUAAAUAUAUUGUGCUAUAGAAAAUAUUUUGUACUACAUAGUUUCCUACGUAAAAUGGAUAUUCUGGCUGUUGUGGAACUUAUUGUAUGACUCUGAUUCCAAGUUUAGCUUUGCCAGGUAUUUAAAAAAAAUAAAAAGAAGAAGAAUAUUUUCUAUCCACGUGCCGCGAGUGUUUCCCAACGGGAUUGAAGAAGCCGACAGCAAGAGGAAAGCGAGCGCCGCUUGGAAGGAAAUCAGUAUGAGACGUCGUCCCCUCUGUCAUGUUUUGCAACUGUCUUAUCAAUGGUCAAGCUCCACGAGCUUGGAAAACAAAGUAGGAUUUAUGGGCACUUUAGUCAUUGCAAAACUCAAUGCAGGUGAGGAUGCCACCAAGAAAUGAGCCCGUGGGAAAAUGCCUGUAUUUUGAAUGUUAAACGGGAAAAAUCACAGUGUCAGAUGAGUCUUUGGCAGGUUAUUCCCCUUCCGAUCCCUCCCCGAGUGCUCGUUGCUCUGUCUGGAAGUCGUGUUCUCUGUUUUACAACCGUGAGAUUUCAUAUUCGUGGAGAGGGUGGAAACGUGAAAAGGAGCGUGAUAAACGCGAGUGUCGGUGCACCGCUGUCUGUGGCGGCUCUCCGCAUGUGCAGGAUGUGUUGCAAACCACGACAAUAAAUUACAGUACGAAGCUGUGGUGCCGCUUGUGUUUCAUGGAGGGUUUCACGUCGUCUCGCCGCGUGCCGGCUGCCCCCAGAACAGCUCUGCCGUGAAAACGGGUCGUCGCGGCCUGUCGCCGGCCCAUUUCUGCCCCGGGGAGGACUGCCCAGGCUUCUGGUAAAGACAAAUGGCAGAAGUGUCUUUGAGACGGUGACUUUCAGCCCACCCUCCCUGGGUAGGGCCUGGAGCCACGCUGAGGGCCGCGGCGUGAUGCUGCGAGCGGUCAGGGCUUUGCGAGCAAUGCACAGACGAUGCCGGGAUGGCAGGUUUUUGCCAGCGUUUGCCUGGCUCGUCCCUGCAAUCCCUGCCCCUCCGUCUCCACCCGUGCCCUGGCCUGCUCCCUGCUCGCGCCACGGAGACGCUCUCGUGCGUCCCCUGGAGCCACGCACCCAGGCCACGCUCGUUAAACACAACCCCGCCAAAGUCUCCCCCAGCAGCUAGCUGAAUAACGGAGCAGCUCUUGGAUUGAUUUGUCUCCUGAAUUAUGACUCCGGCUUGAGGCCGGGAGACGGUGCUGGGUGAAAGUGCUGACGGCCGUGCCCUCGGACCGGAGCGCGGUCUGCUCCAGCGCUGGCUGCUCCUCGCCUGCCUGUUUUCCACGCGGUGCUUGGUCUCUUGCAGCGGGCAUGGGCCUGGCUCCUGGCUAAGCACGUGCUUAAGUGCUUGCCUUCAUCAGGUCCGAGCCGUGGGUGCCUGGCUGGAAGGUCGAUUCGCACCCAGCUGAGCCCCGCUGACCUCGGGGCGUGACGUGCACUUGGCACUGAAGGGGCUUUUGGGGGUAGCCCGAUGGGUGGGAGACUCCAAAGCUUCAGUCUGCUCCUCCCCAGCCCCAGAUCCGUCCCCCAGCAGAGCUAUCUCCCCCGCCAAGGGACGGAUAUCUCUCUGCGCCAGGCAUUUUUCAGCAGUCCCGACCGACUCCGAGUUUCCUUCCUCCCAAGUGUAACACGUGGACGUGUCCCCCCGUGUUUGCCAGCACAACCAUGUUUGACACGAGGCCCCCGGGAGAAGGAUUGCCGGGGGAGGUCGGGGAGGCAGCAACAGGCCUAAAGGUGUGUGUUUGGGGAGAAGGAUGAUGCCUUUGCCUGGCAUCGGCGUGAGCUCUCAGUGGGCGAGACGGGGACGGGAUGGGAAGGAAGAGGAGGAUGGAGACCAGCAGCUCGCACGUCAUUGCUCAGCAGGUAAGUGGUUCCCCGGCUGUGGGACCGCAGGCACCCCCGACACCGAGCCCUUGCCCUACCCCGGCUCACUUCGAGGCCGGCAACGCGCCGUCUGUGUUUUGCACCGUUUUUGCCGUGCUCGGCUUCGGGCCCUCUGCAAACCGCUGAUGGGGGAGUUUUCCAAAGAGUCUGGAGAGGAGCAAUGCGAACAUGCUGAUGCGGAGCUGGCCGCUAAUCUGUGCGGCGGGGUCUAAGGCGCGGCGGGGAGGUAUCUGAAUACUGUUUCCACAGCGUGCCGCGAGCCCUCGCUAUUGAAGUGAAAUCUGCUGGACGGAAUUCAAUAGACAGCUGCUGCAUCAGCAUCGAAACUGCGCUGCUCUAUUCAGAGGCACCCCAUAAAUACAGUGGUCUCCCGUCCUGGCCCGGCACAGCCGAAACUCCUCCGGAAGAGGCGCAAUGACUGACCAGCCGAGCCCUUCCGAGCAGAUGGCCACUGGGGACGGCUUCGGUGGAAGAACUGGCACGUUCAAGAUCGCCGUCUACGAGCUGGAGAACUUCCAGGGCCGGAAGUUGGUGCUGACCGACGAGACCCCCAACGUGACCGAGAAGGCGCUGGAGAAGGUGGGCUCCAUCCAGGUGGAGUCAGGCCCGUGGCUGGGGUUUGAGCGCCAGGCGUUCGCCGGGGAGCAGUACGUGCUGGAGAAGGGAGACUACCCGCGCUGGGACGCCUGGUCCAACAGCCACAGCAGCGACCGUCUCAUGUCCAUCCGCCCCCUGGGCAUCGACAGCACCGACCACAAGAUCCACCUGUUUGAGAACCCAGGGUUCGCCGGCAGGAAGAUGGAGAUCGUCGACGACGACGUCCCGAGCCUCUGGGCCCACGGCUUCCAGGACCGCGUGGCCAGCGUCAAGGCGCUGAACGGGACGUGGGUGGGCUACGAGUUCCCCGGGUACCGGGGCCGCCAGUACGUCUUCGAGAAGGGCGACUACCGCCACUGGAACGAGUGGGACGCCAACCAGCCCCGCAUCCAGUCCGUGCGCCGCGUGCGCGACCAGCAGUGGCACCCGCGUGGCUCCUUCGAGCACAGCUGAAGGAGACCCAAGCACCCGCACCUGCACCCGCCGCCCCUUCCCGCGCCCCCCAAGCACACCAAGAAGAGGAAGCUCAAGUGAUUU